AUGAGUGAAGGAAAAGCAACAAUUUUUCUUGCUGUUUUGGAGACAUUUCUUUGUUGUGGGACAAUUUUUGGCUGGGCGAACUUAGUGAAGAUAUUUUACGAAGAGGGUUUUUACAGUGAAGGGAGAACCGAUGCAGAGCAAAAAGCCGAGCUCAAUUCGAUAUUCGCCAUUGGGUCCAGCUUAACAUCUUUUGGAACAAUCGUCUUUGGCGCUGUUUUUGACAAAUUCGGAAGCUUCUGGACCCGAACCUUUGCCGUCUUCUUAUGCUUCAUUGGAAACGCCUGUCUAUUUCUUGCUUCUCCGAAUGAGACCGAUAUACUUGUCACAGUUGGCCUUGGAUUCGUGGCUGUGGCGGGAGUGACCUUGUUGAUAACUCAAAUGCAAAUCUGCAAUUUGUUUGCUGAGUCGCGCGGCAAAGUCCUCAGCCUUUGUAACGGAGCGAUGGAUUCUAGCUCUGCAUCUGCGCUGCUUCUCUAUUCGAUCUAUUCUUGGUCGGGAAGCUAUCACCUCGUCUGGAUUUGUUUUACUUCAUUUCUUUCCUUGGCGAUUUAUCGGACAAUGUUUGUUCUGCCAAAAACCAUCAUUCCUUACCCCCUUCCUGAUGAUUACAAUCACACUCCUGCAGUUCGAAAUCUGUGUUCCAACGAAACGCAGUCUUUGGACGAAUUCGAGGAAGAGAAAAAAGAACUCAACCCAGUCAAACCUAACAUUGACCCAUUUUUGUCUACGAAAGUGCUUUUCUCUCCACUUUUUUGGUCAAACACGAUUUUCUUCACCAUCCAAGUGUACCGUUCUUACAGUUAUCUGGCGCUUGUGACUGAUAGUACCGCGGAAAUUAUUCAACUUGCUGGGGAGAAUUUGACGCUGGCGGAAGCGCAAGAAGAAGCUGGGGAGAUGACAAAGCAUUUUGCUUAUGUUCAGUUUUUCGGAGUAUUCAUUGCGUUUUUGAACGGAUUUAUUAUCGACAAAGUCAUCGAAAAAACAAAUGACAUCCACAAAGGCCUAUCCGCCGGAGUAGCCUGCACAAGCUCCCUUGGCAUCGCCUUUUCAAUCCUCUAUCUCAUCCCUUCCAAAUAUGCGCAGUACGGAACCAUGAUCUUCUCUGUCUUUCAUCGUUCAUUUACAUUUGGAAUCAACGCCACUGUUAUUGCGAUGAGUUUUCCAAUGGAGCAUUUCGGCAAACUCUAUGGCAUCGCUGGGCUUGGAGGAGUAGUAGCGAGUUAUGCAAUCAAUUUGACGAUAAAUCUCCUUCCCGAAUACGGUCAUUUUACUGUAAAUAACAAUCUGAGCGUUUAUGGACUUGUUGCGGCGCUUUUUUAUUUGUUUAUUAUUGGAACCUUAGGAGCAGGAACCGUACAUAUUCGCUUCGAUCCAUCCUUCCAGCCUCGCAAAAUCGUGAACUGCCAUCGCGAUGACUUGAUUUCUCCAACUGGCAAGCUCAAAACACCCCUUGACCACACUCUUGAUGGAAAGCAUCCAUGGCACUUGGAGACGUAUCCAGAUAUUCCGCAGCUCAAUAUUAUCAAACUCCCUCUCGCAGCGAAGUUAAAGAAGACGCUGGAAUUUAAACGUUUUCAAGAGCGCAAAUUAGUACUUGAAAACGCUUGCUCGAUGGCGCGCAGCCUCAUUUUCACCAAAAAUACGACGUUUGAAGAAUUGAAAAGGCUGCAGCAGGCGACACUGACAGGCAAAAUGAAGGAUGAGGAAAGUUGCACGCCAGUUCUGCCGAUUAAAAGUGCCAAGAACGAGAAUUUUUACAGUGAUCAAUUCAAGUAUUCGAUGUGUUUACCACCUAAGACUGGAUGUACGAAUUGGCAGCGUGGUCUUGUGGCUCUUCUCAAAAAUGGCGAGAAAACUCCCGAAGACCUUACCGAUUAUGAAGUUUUCUACGACCUCGACCGUUUCAAUUCGACCGACAUGAAAAAAGAGCGCGCAACUCGUGGAUCCUCCGAGGGCUACCUAACUUUAGUCAACACUCGCCAUCCUCUAGCACGGUUACUUUCUGCUUGGCACGACAAAUUUCGAAAAGGCCAUCCUUGGAUGAAAUACAUCGAAAAAAUGUACGGGAAGAUUUUGAAAAAGCUAGAAUUGCGAGACAUGACGCUCGAGAAGUUUACGUACAGCUUUGAAGCUUUCAUGGAACUAGCCGCAGCAUCGAAUCAUGACUGGAUGAGGGAUCAGCAUUGGCGCAGCAUUUUUCAUCACUGCACUCCUUGCGCCAACGAGUUCGACUUUAUAGUCCGCCAAGAAUCUGCUGCUGAAGACCAGAGGUUUAUACUCAAGGCGCUUGAAGUGGACAAUAUUACCCACAUUCCGGGUGCGUAUUACACUUCUCUCACAAGCCGAAACUCGAUCACGUUUUAUUUCAAGCACGUUCCAAGAGUCGUCCUCAAAGAAAUCUAUCGCAAUUACUUCCUUGAUUUCGCGAUGUUCAACUACACCAUCGACGAAUUCUUAGAAGAAGCAGUCGAUGAAACUGGUCAAAUUUCAGAGGUUGACAGAAAAUGGGCCCGAGUACAGUUGAACGAGAAUUUCAUCGCCUGGGCACCUAAUUUCAAAGAGUACACCUGCCAAGAAAACUAG